AUGGAUCUCAGAAACCAAAAGCCCCUCAAAAUCCACCUGGUUUGCUCCACCGACUCUCCCGAGUUCACUCACCUAACCGAGUCUCUGACUCGUUCUUCACUCAUCGCUCUCGACGCCGAGUGGAAACCCGUCCACACCGGCCCUCAGUCCUAUUUCCCCACAGUCACCCUCCUCCAACUCGCCUGCGAACUCAGUCCCCUACUCGUCUCUGACCCAGACGAGUUGGAGGACUCGGCGACUUUCCUUGUCGACCUGACUUCAAUCCCUCUCUCUUCAAUCUGGGAACUGCUUAGAGAUGUUUUCGUUUCCCCUGAUAUAUUGAAACUGGGUUUCAGAUUCAAACAGGAUUUGAUUUACUUGUCUUCCACUUUCUGUGAGCAAGGCUGUGAUCCUGGGUUUGACAGAGUCGAGCCCUUUUUGGAUAUCACUAGUGUAUACAAUCAUUUGCAACAUAAGCUACAUGGAAGGAAGGUAUCAAAACAAAUUAAGAGUCUGGCAACCAUCUGCAAAGAACUGUUGGGCCUCUCUCUUUCAAAGGAGCUUCAAUGUAGUGAUUGGUCACGUCGUCCUCUUACAGAAGAGCAGAAAACAUAUGCAGCAAUGGAUGCACACUGUUUACUCAAAAUAUUUAAUGUAUUUCAUGCAAAGACAAUCAAAGAAGGGAGUUAUUUUCACAAUGUUGACAAAAUGUCUCCCGCUAAUGUGGAUCUUGGGUUGAAAGAGGUUCUUGAGCAGCAUGAUAUAAGUAGUAAGGUUUUGAGUAUCAAAUUUUGUGAAGCUUUAGAAAUAGUCCAGGCUACAGCUUCUAAUUUUCCAGAACAAAUAACUACAGUGCAUGAGAUGGUUUCAAGAUCAUCAAGCAGAAUUACCAUGCCAAUGGAUGAAUCUAUAUUGAAUGUUGUAAAAAAAUAUGGGGAAAAAAUUUUGUUGAAAGAUUCAGACAGAAAGCCAAAGGCCUCCAAAAAGAGAGGGAAGAGACAGUCACCGGUGGAUGCAAUCUUCAAAGAAAAGCAAUCAGAAAAUUCAGAUGCUUGGCAAGGGCCUCCACCAUGGGACUUGUCUUUGGGGGGUGAUGGAUGCCCUAAAUUUUUAUGUGAUGUGAUGGUUCUCAUGCUUCUAACUGACCAACUAUCAGUGGAACAGUCUUUUCUUCAUUAUCAUCAUCAUGUUUUCUUCUCUGUCGAAGGCUUGGCAAAACAUUUACGGUGCGUUGGGAUAGAUGCUGCUAUUCCUUAUACAAAAAAGCCCGAACCCAGGGAGUUAAUAGAACAAGCACUCAAAGAGAAUAGGGUUCUCUUGACACGAGAUGCUAAGCUGCUAAGACAUGAGUAUUUGAUAAAAAAUCAAAUAUAUAGGGUGAAGGCUCUUCUCAAAAAUAAACAACUACUGGAGGUCAUUGAAACUUUCCAGUUGAAAAUUAUCGAGGAUCAGCUGAUGUCGAGGUGCACCAAAUGCAAUGGGAGGUUCAUUCAAAAGCCCCUAUCCACAGAAGAGGCUGUUGAAGCUGCAAAAGGUUUCCAAAGAAUUCCUAACUGCUUGUUUAACAAGAAUUUAGAGUUUUGGCAGUGCAUGGACUGCCGCCAGCUUUACUGGGAGGGAACCCAAUACCACAAUGCAGUCCAGAAGUUCAUCGACGUGUGCAAGUUGAAUGACUAAUCUGAAGUCCAGAAUCAUUUUGCAGUUUUUCUCCUAAGUUGGUAUUGGUACCACUUUAUGACCCUCCUUGUUUUGAGUACAGGUGCAUAUCAGUUUUAUAUGCAAUUUUUACUCGUUUCUAUUGUUUAAAUUAAUUCAUUUUUCUUGGCAUCAGUAUCUAGUAGACGAUCACGACAUGCCCCCCCACUUUAUUAUAUGGUGAUGCUUUGUAUAGAACUGGUUGGACCCUUUACACUAUGGGGUAAAGCUGUCUGCCAAAAUUGACUAAAUUGGAAGUUUUACUAUAUGGGCAUGA